AUGAGCGGCUCCACCAACAAGGACGACAAGGAGCGCUACCUCACGUACUCAAUCACAGUGCGUGCUGCGAACAAGGAGAAGGGCAUCGAGGAGGAGGUCGUCACGAAGAAGAUGGCCAAGUUCAUUGACGGCGGCCCCAAGGACUUCCUCGAGUGGACCUACCACUUCAACCAGCUGGCGAAGCUGAAACACUGGAACGCGGAGGACAAGUUCCUCAACACGACCAUCUUGCUCGAGGGCGAUCUCCGCGAGGCAUUUGAAGAUGCGUCGAUCACCGACGACGACGUGCGCAUGGACGAGGAGUUCACUCGCGCACUGCGCAAGGCAUCGGUUGUCGUGCUGCCGACGGACUACAGCGAGAAGCUCCAGGAGGAGCUGUGGGAGAUCAAGAAGUCCCGCAAUGAAUCGCUGUCAGAGUAA